CCCACUUACAUACUAUACAUUCGUUUUCUAUGUUACUUUUUUCAUAACCUAAAAUAUUAAGUUUUAUGAGAACCAUUUUUAAAAUUGUUAAAUAAACCUUAAUCAGAGAGAAUUAAAAAUAAACUAGAAUGAGUGGUAUUGUUCAAUAUGUGGUGGUUCGAGCUGACCUUAUAAAAGAGUUAAGUUGGCCUGUUGGAGCUGUGAUAGCACAAGCAUGUCAUGCGGCAACUGCAGUGACACAUUUGUUUUAUGAAGAUGAACAUACUCAAAAGUAUCUUGAAGACCUUGACAAUAUGCAUAAAGUGGUUCUAGGUGUUCCUGAUGAGAAAACCAUUAGAAGUCUCCAAAGUAAAUUAGAUGAGAAUAAUAUAAAGCACAAAUUAUGGAUAGAGCAACCAGAAAAUAUACCAACAUGUUUAGUUACUAAACCCUAUCCUAAAACUGACAUACAAAACUAUUUUAAGAAAUACAAACUUUUUAAGGCAUACAUUUGUAGUUUCAUUUAA